UGUUUUCAUCUGGUGUUGUGUCUCUCUGUUCAUCAUCAGUCAGCAUCACAAUAGACAAAGUUUGCAGACCCCCCCAUAGCCACUGGAAGAAGUUGAGGAUCUCGCUGCUCUGAGCGCCGAAAUGAAACUCCUGUGCUCUAUUUUGAUAUCCAUCUCUGUAGUUUGGGCCGACGAGAGUGGAUUGAGAUAUGAAAAGGAAAAGGUUUGCGAGCAGCUUCAUGCCAUGGGACUGCAGAAAUUCAAAGGGCUUUUCGUAGCGGUGUACAGCCAGAAGUUCCCCAACAGUACGCUGGAGGAGGUGACGUGUGUGGCGGAGGAGAUGGUGAAGCUGGGGGAGAGGUGCUGUGCAGAGGGGGCCACUCAAGACUGCUAUGACAAGGGGGCCACAGAGAUCACAGCUAAAUCCUGCCAGGCCGACUCUCCGUUCCCCAAGCACCCGGGCAUCUCCAAGUGCUGUGCCGAGGCUGACGUGCACCAGAGGAAGGUGUGCCUGGCCUCGCUGCACUACUCGGCAGAGGAGCUGCCAUCUCUACUGGAGCCGACCAAUGAGGAGAUGUGCCAGGACUUCACCAAGGACCCCAUUGGCUACUCUUCCAGGUACAUGUACGAGCUGGCGCGACGUCACCGCAGUGUGCCAACGGGACUCGUGCUCAACGCCACGUUCAUUCAGACGCGAAUGCUGCAGAAAUGCUGCACACCCACCGUCUCCCAGGCAUGCUUCCUCGAUGAGAGAUUUCAAGAAGCAAAUUUCAACAUUCUACUCAGGUUCACCUCAAAUAUGUGCCACAACAAUGUCAUCUUGAAGUCAUACAGAGAUGGGCUGACAGCAUACGUUGGAUCACUUCUCAACAUCCCAUUUGAAAAAGCUCAGCCCAUGGUGAAAGACUUUCAAGCUGGCCUUUCAAAAUGCUGUUUACAACCCAAUCCAGACUGCCUCAUGCAAGAGUUUACACAUUUUCAGAAGGCCAUUUGUGAUGACGCAUCUCCUUCAGAGGAGUUGAAGAAAUGCUGCGCCAUGGGAUCUGUGGACACACUGCCAUGCGUCGAGAGCCUGAAGAGGACAACACGAGACCCCCCAGCCAGCCCCCCCACACCCGCCCUGUGCCAGAAGGACAGCCAGGAGCCAAUAGAAAGAUUUCUGUUUCAGACUGGAGCCAGGUUGGUUUACAGUUCUCUGCCUGUGAUGACGACAGCGUUGGGCAAAAUUAAAGACAUAGUGGAGAAGUGCUGCUCAGACUCUGACGUUCCGGCUUGCAUGGCUCAGGAGGACGGAGACGUGGUGAAGAUUACCGGAUUUCUUUUCAAGAGCGAGGAGAUUUGCUCCAAGUACAUGAGCCUUGACUUCCCCGCCUUCAAAGCCAUGGUGAAGCAGGAGGUGGCAGGUGAGGGUGGGCAGGCUGCUGUGAGGGAGGAGAUGCUGGUGGAGUUGGGCUCCGUCUGCUGCUCCAAGCAUUCCCCAGCGCUGCGCUGCCAGAGCCUGACGGAAAAGCUGCUUUCGUGAGAGCAGACCCAGAGAAGAGAAGUGGCGGGAACAAAGAGCAAGAUGCUGCUGCCCAUCCUAAGCUCUGAAUGGCGUAUUGAGGGCUCUUCACUCUCCGCACACGUAGUUCACAAGCACCCAAACAUCAAUGCGUAAUUGUCCAACAUUAGAGACCCCGUAAUUACUAGGUGCAAUACAUAUAUGGCGUCUAUGGCUCCUGUCUUUGCUGAAGUGGCACAUGAUUCCAAGAACCUCCUGGAGUCUGGAGUGAAUAUUAUGUCUUUAUAUAGUAAUAAUUCACAGCGCAUAAUGAAGUCCUUUCAUUGAUAUUCAUUGAAUCAGUGCAGUUUCUCUUGGGAAAAUGACGUCUUUCUGGCGAAACAAUAGGUAUCUAAUUUCCUGUUGCGAAAUCAUGCUUGUAAAACACAUAUAUCCAUGUGUUACAUCACCUUUCAGUGUUAAGACACUCAAGACAAUUUCAGAGAUGAAUACAUAAAUAAAAUAAAUGAAUAAAUAUUUGAGAA